UCAAUUGAUCUCGAUGCAUCCGCCAUUUGCUUGGAUAGUAAUAUGGAGCUGGUGGAUAAGGUCUAUUUUGGUAAUUUGCAAUCGAGCGAUCACGCAAUUCAACACGCUGGCGAUCAACGCAGCGGAGACUCAGCAGGUGACGACGAAACCAUCAGUGUUUCUCUGCAAAUGCUGAAUCCGCGUAUCACCUACAUAGGUUUCGUGAUCAGUUCUUUCUCAGGCCAGGAGUUGGACGACAUCGCACUAGCUUCCUGUCAUUUGUACGACACGGCAUCGGUACGGGAUAUCGCUCGCUACUCAUUGACCAAUGCCCGAGCACUGGACAAGCACACGGCCUUAGUCAUGGGAUGUCUUUACCAGGACGAAGGAAGAGAAUGGAUGUUGCGAAUCAUCUCGAAGCCGGCGCAGGGGCGUAGCGUCCAUGAC